GCAACUCUAUUCAUUUGAAAAGUGAAAAAGGCAGAAAAUACAUUUUCCUAGUCUUUUCUUUCUGAUACUUGUAACAAUUCCGUCCUCUUAUAUUUUGUCUUAGACUAACAUAAAGAAGUUCCAACAUCCUAUCAGAGGUUGUCGUCUAUCCAUUUAAAAUUCAGUCCUAUAUACGCACUGGUCCUCCUUUUACACAACCCUAAGGUGCAGGUAGCAUUGAUGGCAUCUUCUUCCUCAUCUCACCGCGCUUUCUCUGACAUUCAACCUGACGGCAUAAGGAGAACAGCAGAAGGAUCUUCCAGAAUUUUCGAUGUGUUCAUUAACCACAGAGGUUCUGAUUGCAAAGAUACUCUGGCUAUGCAGCUUUACAAUUUGCUGAAGGAACUUGGAAUAAGGGCGUUUCUUGAUUCAGAAGAGAAGGAGCUUGGAGUUUCUUUUCCUUCUACAAUUGAAAUAGCCAUCCAUUCCGCUUCAGCUCACGUGGCUAUCUUUUCCAAAAGAUAUGCAGAAUCCGCCUGGUGUUUGGCGGAGCUGCUUCUCAUGUUACAAAGUAGAUCUAAGAUUAUUCCAGUGUUCUAUGGUGUGAAGCCUUCCGAUCUUCGCUACAUAGAAAAGGGCGUGUAUGCCGAUGCGUUCGCUAAAUAUGAAGAGAAGGGCAGGUACACGCAGAAGCUUAAUGAGUGGAAAGAAUCUCUCCAUUCUAUUUCAUUUACCGCAGGCUAUGAAAUCAAUAAUUUCAAUGUCGGUGACUGCAAAAUAAUAGUGUCAGCUCUGCAAAAAGAAAUUGAAAGAAAAAAAAGGUUAUACGUUGCCAAAUAUCCAGUGGGACUUCACAAGCUUGUGGAAUAUUUUAGAAGGCGGUGCCUUAAUGAACUUGUACAAGAUUUUGAUAACCAGUGUAAGAUGAACAAAAAUAACCAGGGGAAGGUACAAAUCGUGGGAAUUUUCGGAAUGGGUGGGGUCGGUAAGACAACUCUUUCAAAAGAAUUGUUCAACAGAAAGCGCUCUCAAUAUAGUCGAGCCUGUUUUCUGUUUGAUGUGCGGGAAUUCUCUACCAAAAGCAAUUUACCUUAUUUGCAAAUGAAACUCCUCAGAGAUAUCUUCCAUGAAGAUCAGCUCAAUUUUCAAAGUAGAGAGGAAGGAACAAGCUGUAUCUGGAAUUCUAUAGAAAGGAGCAAUUUUCUGAGCUUCAUACUUGUACUAGAUGAUGUUGAUCAGCUGGAACAAUUAGAUGCUCUGUUGAUCAUGGACAUUCUAAAUAAGUCUGUUAAUAGUCUGAUAAUUAUUACAACCCGUGAUGUAGGAGUUCUUAGAAGUGCUGGAGUUAAGGACAGGUAUCAUUUAAAAGGGAUGGAUAAAGAUGAUGUGAGGGAGCUGUUUUGUUGGCAUGCUUUCCGCCAACCCCAUCCAGCUAGUGGAUAUGAGGAGCUUGUUGAAGCCUUCUUAGGUGUGUGUGGAGGGUUACCUCUGUCCCUUCAGGUUCUGGGCAGUCAUGUUCAUGGUAGAGAUAAGGAUUCUUGGAGGUUCGAAGUAAAAAAAGUUACUGGGCCACUGCAUCGAGACAUAAAACAAAAGCUUAAGAUCAGCUUUGAUGCAUUGGGCAGUCAGGAGAAACAAAUUUUCAUGGAUAUUGCAUGCUUUUUUGAUAAUGAAUUUAAGUGUAUAGCCAUGAGAAUAUGGAAGGAGUCAGGAUGGAGCGCUGAAUAUGUACUAAAAACACUAAAAGAGAAGAGUCUUGUUGAAGAAAUAGAAGAUACAAUGCCUGUACUAAGAAUGCACCAACACCUGCGGGACUUGGGAAGAGAAAUGGCAGAUGAACUUAGCUAUCCUCGUCGCUUAUGGCAUCCUAGAGAUCUCAAAUCCUCGGAAUCAAAAGGAUUCAAAAAAAUUCUCACCCAAACCAAAGGCAGGUGUUUCCAUUCCAUUUUUGACAAGUUUCUAAAUUCUAAAAUCACAUUCUUUUUAGGAGAACCAGAUGAUAGGGCAAAGAGGUCAUCUUUUUUGCUAUGGCUUCAUGUUGAGUACCCAGAGUACCUGGAUGACGGACUUGAUAAUGACUUGAAUUCCAGUACAGAACCAAGCAUCCCUUUCUGGAUUCCACUCCAAAAUUUACAGUUUUUAAAAAUCAGCAAUGGAUAUUUUGAAAGAUUAUGGCAAAGAGACGUACAGGCUCCCUUGCAAUUAAAAGCCCUGGAGAUCCAUGGAACUUUUCUUGAAAGGUUUCCAGAUUUCUUCGGAAUAUUAACUGAUUGGGAAAAGGAUGAUAAACAAAUGGUCAUAGAAGGCUGGCCACUAUUAGGAUCCCUUUCAACAGAUCUUCAAGCUUUAGAUUUGAAUGAUGUCGGAAAGUCUGUUACUGUUAAGACCCCCUUGAGCUUCCUUGAAGAUCUAGUAAUUUGUGACCAAGAAAAUAUAAUAGAGAUUAUAAUUAAUGGAAAUUAUUUUCCAAACCUUCAAUCUUUCAAUCUCUCUGGCAUGAAAAAUCUUAUUGAACUGAAGCUUACUAGAAUAGAAACAUUGAAUUGUCUUAAUGUUACCAAUUGUAAGGAUCUGAAAAGAUUGUCAGGAACAUCUGGUCUUACAAAUCUUGUAGAGUUGAACAUACGUGCAUGUCUUGAGAUCGAGGAGCUGAGUCUUGGCCAUCUGGGCUGCCUAGAAAGGAUAACAAUUGUGUAUUGUAAAAAUUUGAAUAGUGUCUCAGGGAUAUCUGAUCUUAUAAAGCUUGUAGAACUGAAAAUUUUUCUUUGUCGAAAGCUUCAGCUUGAGUUGUGUUUAGUGGAUCUGAACUGUCUGAAGAGGAUAACACUUGAUGAAUCUGUCAAGCUGGAAUGUUUAGAGUUGAAUGGCUGUAAAAGUUUGAAAACGGUAUCAGGAAUGUAUAAUCUGAAAAAGCUUCAACUAGUAAACAUUCUUGACUGUCCAGAGCUUGAGGAAUUGUCGCUGGUUUUUCUUGGUGCAAGAUCCCUGCAGAGGAUUACAAUUGAUGGAUGUGGGAAGCACAAUUGCCUUGACCUGAGUUAUUGUAAAAAUUUGAAAAGUUUAUCAGUUAACUUUCAUUUAACAGAACUGAACAUUUGUAAAUGCCCUGAGCUAGAGGAUGUAAAUCUUGGCCUUCUGUGCUGCCUAGAAACAAUAAAAAUUGUAUGUUGUAGAGAUUUGAGAAGUGUGUCAGGAAUAUCUGAUCUUACAAAGCUUGUAGAACUGAACAUUUCUUUUUGUUGGAAGCUUCAUCUUGAAUUGUGCCUAGUGGAUCUGAACUGUCUGCAGAGUAUAAAACUUGACGAGUCUGUCAGGCUGGAAUGUUUUGAGUUGAAUGGUUGUAAAAGUUUGAAAACAGUAUCAGGAACGUAUGCUUUGCAAAAGCUUCAAUUCGUAAACAUUCGUAACUGUCCAGAGCUUGAGGAGUUACCAGUUUUUUUUGGUCCAAGUUACCUACAGAGGAUUACAAUUGAUGGAUGUUGGAAGCUCGGUUACCUUGAGUUGAGAAAUUGUCAAAAUUUGAAAACUCUAUCAGGAGAUUUUGAUCUUGUAGAAUUGAGCAUUACUGAAUGCCUCGAGAUAGAGGAGUUAAGCCUUGGCCACCUGGGCAGUCUAAAAAGGAUAACAAUUGUGUAUUGUAAAAAUUUGAAAUGUGUCUCAGGGAUACCUGACCUUACAAAUCUUGUAGAACUGAAAAUUUCUCGUUGCUGGAAGCUCCAGCUUGAUUUGUGUCUGGUGGGUCUGAACCAUCUGAAAAGGAUAUCACUUGAUGAGUCUGUCAAGUUGGAAUGUUUGAAAUUGAAUUGUUGUAAAAGUUUGAAAACAGUAUCAGGAAUGUAUAAUUUGAAAAAGCUUCAAUCGGUAAAAAUUCGCGACUGUCCAGAGCUUGAGGAGUUACCGCCUGUUUUUCUUGGUGCAAAUUGCCUGCAAAAGAUUACCAUUGAUAAAUGUAAGAAGCAUGAUUAUCUUGAGUUCAGUGACUGUCAAAUUUUGAAAAGCCUAUCAGUUAACUUUAAUCUGGUAGAAUUGAAUAUUCGUAAAUGCACUGAGCUUGAGGAUGUGAAUCUUGGCCUUCUGUGCUGUUUAGAAACAAUAAAAAUAGUGCAUUGUAGACAUUUGAAAAGUGUGUCAGGGAUUUCUGAUCUUAAAAAGCUUGUAGAACUGAACAUUUCUCUUUGUUGGAAGCUUCAGCUUGAGUUGUGUCUAGUGGGUCUGAACUGUCUGAAGAGUAUAACACUUGAUGAGUCUGUCACACUGGAUUGUUUUGAGUUGAAUGGUUGUAGAAGUUUGAAAACAGUAUUGGGAAAGUGUGAUUUGCAAAAGCUUCAAUUUGUAACUAUUCGGGACUGUCCAGAGCUUGAGGAGUUACCCAUAUUUUGUCGUGCAAGUUGCCUGAAGAGGAUUACAAUUAAAGGAUGUGAGAAGCUCAAUCUUCUCAACUUGAAUGAAUUUCUAUGUUUGAAAAGUGUAUCAGGUAAUUUUGAUCUGGUAGAAUUGGUCACUGGUGGAUGCAGUGAACUUGAGGAGCUUAGACUUGACAGUCAGAGCUGCCUGGAAAGGUUAACAAUUAACUAUUGUACAGGUUUGAAAAGUGUGUCAGGGAUAUUUGAUCUUACAAAGCUAGUAGAACUGAACAUUUCUCAGUGUUGGAAGCUUCAGAUUGAGUUGCGUCUAGUGGCUCUGAACUGUCUGAAGAGGAUAAAAGUUGAUAAAUCUGUGAAGCUUAAAUGUUUUGAGCUGAAAGGUUGUCAAAGUUUGAAAGCGGUAUCAGGAACGUAUGAUUUGGAAAAUGUUCAACUGAUAAACAUUUGUGACUGUCCGGAACUUGAGGAGUUACCAUUUUUUUAUGGUCCAAGUUGGUUACAGAGUAUUGUAAUUCAUGGAUGUGGGAAGCUCCGUUCACUUUGUUUGAGACGUUUGAGUUGCCUGGUUAGAAUUACAAUUGAUGGAUGUGGGAAGCUUGGUUACCUUGAACUGAGAGAUUGUGAAAAUUUGAAAGAAGUAUCUGGUAACUUUGAUGGUGUUAGUUUAUCCAUAUCAGAUUGUCCAAUGCUUGAAGAACUGAGAUGUUUCGAUAGUCUAACUUGCUUUGAGGACAUUCACAUUUUCAGAUGUCAGAAGCUGCAGAACAUAACUUUACCAUCAUCACUGAAUUAUCUCGAGUUGAAUGGUUUUCGUCAGUUUCAAAGUGUGCCAGGAAUAUCUGCUCUUACCAAUUUGGUAGAACUGAAUAUCAGUGAAUGUUGGGAGCUUCAGCAGUUGAGUGUUGCACAUCUGAGCUUGCUAGAAAAAUUAACAAUUGCAAACCUGAAAUGCAUUAUAUCCGGAAUAUCUAAUCUUGCAAAGCUUGUAGAGUUGAAUAUUUCUCACUGUUGGGAGCUUGAACUUGAGCUGUGCCUUUCUGGUUUAAACUGUCUGAAGAGGGUUUCCUUUGUUGAAUGUGGGAAGAUACACACCAUAACACUGCCAACAAGUCUUAUUAAACUCACUCUACAAGGUUGCAGAGAUUUGAAAACGGUUGCAGGAGUGUCAACUCUUGCUCAGCUUGCAAAGCUGGUUAUUACAAGUUGUCCCCAGCUGAAGAACAUAACACUGCCAACCACACUUGUGAAACUCACUGUACAGCAGUGCAUAGAAUUGUUAACUGUUGCAGCAAUUAGUGAUAUGACAAAGCUUACAGAGAUGAAUAUUAGCCAGUGUCCUCAGCUUGAGGAGUUACCAAGUGUUGCUGGCCUGAACUGCUUAGAGAGAAUUACAAUUAACAAUUGUGAGAAGCUGGAGAACAUAGCAGGAAUUGGAGAGUUGCAUGCUUUGGAAGGAAUGCAACUUUUAUAUUCCAGCAGUGCAGCAAUGCUGAAUUGCAUUCCGAGGUUGAAGAGUGUGCCGUCAAACUUUAUGCACGUGAUUGGAAAAGCAGUAGAUGGAGCGGAAUCAAUUUUAAAUCCACAGUUUUUCUCUGGAGCUAUUGACACCGAUGCAGUUAUUGAACUUGAUCGUGUACAAAGCUCUGACCGUCAUCCCAAGGGAUCACUGAGUGCAAUUAUCAUAUGCUGUGUGGUUGUGGUUAAUAGCUCUACUCCAUUAGACAAGAUAAAUGAAUCCCUUCGUGGCGUAUCUGAAAAUAGUUUGCUGUCAUUUGAGGUGUGCCACGGAGAAUGGAUAAUUACCAUGGUAAGUACUGACCAAGAAGAAAUAUGUGAUUACGAUGAUUAUUGGCAAUUUGAAAAAGUUUUCGUCGAGCAUGGAAUAAUGAAGAAGGGUUGCAAGGUGACAGUAAGGAAAGGGCAAGAAUGGAAAACCCUAGAUAUAUUAGGCAGAAUUAUUGAUAGGCUACAAGAGAAACGAGUGCAGCACCGACUAAUUCCUGCCUUCCCUCUGUGUUGACUGGAAAAGAUUUGUAAAUUUUUCAAGGUACUUUUGUAGUUUAAUGAUUUCAUUUAAUUCUGGUUUUAUUUUUAGGGAAUGAGAUUAUAUUUUUCUAACUAUUUGUAGAGGAAAAAUCGUGUAGUAUAAUGUUUUUAUUUUUGACAGAAAAAUAAUUGUAGGAAAUUUUAAGGGAUAGAUUGAAGUUAUAUCACAAUAGUAGUAUAAUGUUGACAUUCGUAUAUUUGUAUUAAUUUUUAUUUAUUUUGUGUUUAUUUCAAUAGCAAUCUCUCACAUUUAAGAUCCAAUCUUGUUUUCUUAUAAACGCACCUGCUAUCUAUUUAGACUGUUACUUCGUUUCUCUGCUCCUCUUGCACGCAACUCUGUUUCUGUAAGGCGCGGUUAGCAUUUAUGGCAUCUUCUUCCUCUUCUUCCUCUUCUUUCUCAUCUCACCGCGCUUUUUCUGAAAUCGAACUGACGGCGUAAGGAGAAAUGCAGAAGAAUCUUCGAGAAUGUUCGAUGUGUUCAUCAACCACAGAAGCCCUGAUGUCAAAGAAACUCUGGCUACCCAGCUUUACAAAUGUGCUGAAGGAGUUAGGAAUAAGGGCGUUUCUUGAUUCGGAAGAGAAAGAGUUUGGAAUUUCUUUUCCUUAUACAAUUGAAACUGCCGUCCACUCUGCUUCAGAUCACAAGGCUAUAUUUUCAAAAAGAUAUGCAGAAUCGACCUGGUGUUUGGCAGAGCUGCUUCUCAUGUUACUGAAACCAUAGAAGAUACAAAUGUAUGUACUGAGAAUGCACCAGCACCUGCGGGACUUGCGAAGAGAAAUGGCGGAUGAACUCAACCAUCCUUGUUGCUUUUGGCAUCCUCAAGAUCUUAAAUCUUCGGUAUGUUUGUUCCUCCUCCAGAUUUCUGCUAUUUAUCAGAUGGUAUUCUAAAUAUUUACUUCACACUACAGCAAAAUGAAAGUCGACAUUGUGAAUGCAAGAAUCAAAAUGAUUCGAAAACAUCCUCACUCCAAACCAAAGGUAGGUGUUUCCAUUCCAUAUCUGACAAAUCCCUAAAUUCUGAAAUCACAUUCUUUUAAGGGGAAUCAGAUGAUAGUGAAGAGAAAUCAUCCCUUCUGUUAUGGCUUGACUUACAUGAUACCAUUUCUAAACUAUGUUGAGCUGAUC